AUGCUAAUAAAAUUAAAACUUUAUUCAGGUUUCAUCACCAAAGAUCAAAUAAGUGCAUAUCAAAAAAGUGCUUUAGAAGCUAAUAUGGAAGAAUGGCAAAUGUUGCUUGUUAAUGAAACAUUUCCUGCUAUCUAUUGUCCAAUAACAUAUUCAGAUGCUCAACAUUUCAUACGAAUAUUCGAACGACAUUUCCAAAAAUUACAUGAACAUCAAUUAUUUGAUCGAAUUCGAGAACGAAUGGAUACUUGGUUUAAUGAUGAUCUAGAAGAAAAACAAUGGUAUGAACAAAUAAAAGAACGUCUUCAAAAAACAAUUGAUCAAGCAUUUCUGGACAAGAAAGAAUUCUUUGCUAAAACAUCAUCACGUAGUGCAAAAGAUGCUUGCGUAUUUAAACGAAAUUUUCUUGACGUAUACAAAAAAGAAUUAUCUAAAUUUUCAGAUCCAUUACAAGAAAAUUCUCGUAUUAUUGCACUUCUUACAGCUGCUUUUUUAUCAUUAUGUGUUACAUCGGCUUCUGAAGUUCUUUCAAUGUUUAUUAUUAGUGAACGUAUCUAUCAAGAUAUGUUAUUAGCUACAGAAGUACAAGAUACAUCCGAUUCCUUAUUUAAAGAAAAUAUAAUUCUUCGGCCAUUUAUUCCAAUUGAUGUUGAUAUGGAAUUUCGUGGUUUUGUUUAUCAACAACGUUUAACUUGUUUAUCACAAUAUAAUUAUUUAAUUUAUUCUGAACGUUUAUGUCAAUGGAAAGAUAAUGUUCUUGAAAAAAUUAUAUCUUUUUUUAAUCAAUCUUUGCAAACUAAACUAAAUAAAUAUAAAUCAAAGGAUUAUGUCAUUGAUUUUGCAUUGACGAAAGGUGAUGAUGACAAUAUUAAUUCAAUGAAAGUUUGGGUAAUUGAACUCAAUCCAUUCAUGGAAACAACGGAUGGAGCUUUAUUCAGUUGGCAACAUGAACGACAUUUGUUAGAAGGACAAUCAAAUGAAAAUAAAGAUAAACCUCUUUUUCGUAUAACUGAAAAAAUACGUCAAGGUUCUUGGUCUAUGUUACCAAUUUCAAUUCGACAAUGGAUUAAGAAUGAGGAUAAUUUAUAA